UACGUUUAACGUUCUGAAUAUUUUUUUACAAAAACCCGGCAAAUAAGAAUGAUCAAGCAAGAGUACCAAAGGGCCAGCCCGGAGCAAGUGGCCGAGUUCCUAAUGUUCAUGGGGAUCAACAAGGACCCGGCCGGGAUACCCCCUACCACGGGUGCCUCCGUAAUCGGGAUUCGCUACGACAAAGGGGUUCUGGUGGCAGCCGACACCUGUGUAAACUAUGGAUCGAUGCCUCGGUUCCAGAAUGUGGAUCGAGUUUUCAAGAUCAACGAGCAGAUUGUAAUGGGCGGGGGCGGCGACUUUGCCGACAUACAAAUGUACAAGCGGACGAUUGAUGCGCAGGUUAUCACGGAUCGCAUCUACCAGGACACCACGGAAAUGAAACCCAAGACUCUGGCCGGCUGGUUGACGCGUACCUCGUACACUCGUCGCACUUCCAAUGAUCCCACGGCUGUGGCUUUUGUUGUGGGUGGCAUGGAGCCAACGGCAGGCCCCUAUCUGUCCUACAUUGAUGGUCGCGGACUCUUCGUCGAGGACUAUGUGGCGAUGACUGACUCAGCCCAGCAGAUGGUCCUGCCCAUGGUGCAUGACAAGAAGCCAAAGGACCGCGAAUUCACAGAGGAGGAGGCCCUGGCUUUGGUCCGGCUGUGCAUGGAGACGCUGCACUAUCGCGACGCUCGUGCCAUUCCCAACUACACGGUGGGCGUCUGUGACGCCAGCGGAUGCCGCAUCGAGGGGCCCUACAAGGUGAACGAAGACUGGACGCUCGUUCGCCACAAUAGACUGCACUAGAAGCACACAAAUACACGCGAAUUAUAACACUAUGGAGCAAUUUGUGUGGUGUCCUCUCUCCAGCAAGACACAUUAAACAAUAUGGUUGAUAAUUUAUUAA